AUGCUGCCCAGCGCCGUGGCGACCCACGCCGGCUCCUACUGGGAUGUGGUGGCUUCCUCCGCGCUCCUCAACCUCCCGGCGGCGCCCGGCUUUGGCAACCUGGGCAAGAGUUUCCUGAUCGAGAACUUGCUACGGGGCGGCAGCGCCCCGACGACUGGGACGGCGCACGGGAUGCGGCCGCCGCCUCCACCCCAGGGUCUGGCGGCUCCCCUGGCCCCGGCCCCGGGCGCACAGCUCAGGCCCUUGCCUGCCAGCCCGGUCCCCCUGAAGCUCUGCCCUCCGGCCACCGCCGCCGAGCAGCUCAGCCCCGCCGCCGGGACCGCCUACGGCACUCGAUGGGCGUUCCAGGUGCUCAGCCCUUCCUCCAGCGACGGCCCUCGGCUGCCGGGUCGGGCCUUCCCGGCGGCCGCCCCAGGUGAGCGCGCCCUCGCCCCGCAGCCGCGCGCCUGCGCCCGGGAGCCCGCGCCUCCUAAACCUUUCCUUCUGAGCAUCCCUCCAUUCUACUCGGCGUGUUGUGGGGGGUCCUGCCGGCGUCCUGCAUCCCCCACUGCCUUUCCAAGAGAGGAGGCCGUGCUGCCUUUGCUGACCCAGGACUCGAAUUCCAAAGCUCGGAGGGGCAUUUUGAGAAGAGCUGUAUUUUCCGAGGAUCAGAGAAAGGCUCUGGAGAAAAUGUUUCAGAAACAGAAAUAUAUUAGCAAAACAGACCGAAAGAAGCUUGCCAUCAAUUUGGGACUAAAGGAGUCACAGGUGAAAAUUUGGUUUCAGAACAGGAGGAUGAAAUGGCGGAAUUCCAAAGAGAAGGAAGUGCUUUCCAGCCGCUGUCUGCAAGCCCCUAGCCUCCCGGAAGCCCCCCUCUCGCACCCGGCCCUGGGGUUCCCAUCCCCGUGCCCUUCCGUGUGGGAAGUGUCCCAGCAGCCCUCAAGUCCAGGAUGGAGAGAGGAUUCUCCAGAACCCGCAGAAAGACUCUUGCAGGGGAGCUCCCGGGCCUCGCCCCCCGAGCCAGGGGCCCUGCCCGCCGCCCUGCUCUUGUGCUCCGGGAGAGACACUGUGGACAAGGAGGGCACUUCUGGAGCUGUCUGA